GGCUUUGGUCAACUGUCCCCCACCUUUGGUGUUUUCAACUGCUUUGGGCAGUUUUGGAAUAUUUCUUGUCCUGUUUGUUCUGCUAAAAGGGUUUUGACUUUGUUGUAGUUUGCCUCUCAAGCUAGAAGCUCAUGGUUGGGAGGCUUGGUACCUCCCUUUUGUGAAUGUUCUUUUCUUUUUGGGUUCCUUGAACUUAAUAUUCCUCAGGCUGUUAGCCCUCUGUGUUUUUUUUUUGUGUGUUACCUGGGUAAAAUUGUAUUGUGGCUUUGUGAAACCCUGUUUUGUAAUAAAUCCUUUUACAUUCCACUUGUUUCCUCUGGACACAUCAUUAUGUUACCGCCCCUGAACCCCUAGACCUGUGUGGGCCGUAACAUAAGUGGAGGCUCAUCUGGGAUUCUUGUUAGAGAGGAUCCCUGUGUCCAGAGUUGGUGAGUUUUGUCAGUAAUUAGCUGCUAUGCCAGUUACAUUCAAUUUGGGGCACUUUCUAGCUGCACCAUCUAUUGAGCUUAUCAAUAGCUGCCGCAAGUGUGAAUUGCUGCAGAUUGUGGACCACUUUAAACUGCAGGUCCCAAAACAAAUCCUUAAAUGUGAAUUAAAGGCUCUAUUAGUAGGUAAAUUGAUGGAAGCUGGUGUGAUUAGAGUGCCUGAUUUGCCUGAGGCUGCUGUUGCAGUGCCAAUCCAAUCUGUCUUACCUGAGGAGGAGCACAAACAUGGCUCUGGCAUGGAUUCUGAGGGGAGUGCACAGGGAAAAACACCUCACACGCUUCCUCGUUAUGAUCCACUGUCUUCUGUGAGCUCCGAGAGCCGAGAUGGAGCUCGAUUAAAGGUGCGGUUGGCACGUCUCCAAAUGGAGGCUGAAGAAAAGGCCCAGGACAGGAGAACCCAAAUGGAGCUCGAAAUCAGGAGACUGGAAAUAGAGGCUGAUAAAGCUAUAAGGCUGCGCAAACUUGAGCUGGAGGCCCAGACUCGAGCGCAAUCUGCCUCUCCUGAGUCACCAGGUUCCACCUUCAUGGCAGCUAUGACAUUUGAUGUAAAUUCAGCUGUGGGGGCACACCUUCCUGAUUGGCUGCCUGGAGACUGCUGGAAGGCAGCCGCGCCAUUGGACCAGCAGAGAAUUGCAAGCCAAUCAGAUGCUAAUGAGGCCCACCUGCAACAUAUAAAAUGCUCCAGUGAACAUUCUCCCAGUGGGGCAGCUUGUAGGAAGAGGUUUUGGUCAGCUGUCCCCCACCUUUGGUGUUUUCAAUUGCUUUGGGCAGUUUUGGAAUAUUUAUUUUCCUGUUUGUUCUGCUAAAAGGGUUUUGACUUUGUUGUAGCUUGCUUCUCAAGCUAGAAGCUCCUGGUUGGGAGGCUUGGUACCUCCCUUUUGUGAAUGUUCUUUUCUUUUUGGGUUCCUUGAACUUAAUAUUCCUCAGGCUGUUAGCCCUCUGUGUUUUUUUUUUUUUUUGUGUUACCCGGGUAAAAUUGUAUUGUGGCUUUGUGAAACCCUGUUUUGUAAUAAAUCCUUUUACAUUCCACUUGUUUCCUCUGGACACAUCAUUAUGUUACCGCCCCUGAACCCCUAGACCUG